AUGGAUAUAGACCUGAUAUUUCGUAGCUUUGUGUACCCUGUGCUACGAUUUCCAGUCUUUUUAGCAGUGAUCAUCAGCACAUUUACCAGGCUUGAUCUCGAGAACUUUUAUCUUUCCUUGGUUGGAUAUUCGGCAGUGGUAAGUUUCGUAGUAUGGCUUAACGAGCACACAAAAACUAGAGGUGAGUGGGUUCCUCUCGACAAACUAGACAAUUCCACCUGUAUAGUGACAGGUGGAAGCAGUGGUUUGGGCUUGGCGUUAGUGGAGACUUUUUUGGCCAGAUUUAAAAAUGUAAAUGUGGUAGUGGUGGAUAUCAUCACUCCGAAACUGGUAAACCAACGCCUGAGUUUUUACCAGUGCGACCUCAAUGACCCUGUGAGUGUGGAGAUCACCCUUGGUUUGAUCAAGAAAACCCACGAAAAUAUUCAUGUGCUGAUCAACAACGCAGGCGUAAGGUCCAGAUACCAAGGGUACUUAGAUUUGCAGAGAGAUGAGGUUGAUCGGGUUUUCCAAAUAAACGUUUUUGCCCCCAUGCGUUUUACGCAAGAAUUGAGCCCGGAGACUUCUGCAAAAUCGCAAUUUUACUGUGUAACCAUCGCUAGUGCUUUGGGGGUCUGUCCUCCUGCUCGUGGAUCAUCCUACGGUGCUUCUAAAGCCGCUUCUAUUGCGUUCCAUGAGGCAUGGACAGAAGAGCUGGAAAUAAACGGUAAUAUACGGACCUUACUGGUGACUCCCGGUCAACUUCGCACGCAAAUGUUCGCCGGUUUCGAACCUCCAAGACAGUUUUUCGCACCACUUGUAGACCCUGACGUGCUGGCUCAACGCAUAGUGGAGUGCUGCAGACUGGGAGUGCGAGGAGAGAUCAGUGCUCCCUUAUAUGCUAACUUCAUGGGAUUAAUGAGAGUACUACCAUACAUGCUAAAUCACUAUGCCCGCAGGAUCUCAGGCAUUGACAGCAGCUUACCUAUUCACGAGCCGAAUUGA